UGCGGGAUACGACUAAGGAACAGCUUGCAGAAAAAACAGCCAAGUUAGUAAACUGGCAGCUACAGAAAGCAGUUAUUCAUACAGAAAACAUACGCUGAAAUGUUUCGGAGAAAACUGACAGCGAUAGACUAUCACAAUCCAAACGGAUUUGACUGCACAGAUGAGACCCAGUUUAGGAACUGCAUCGUGUGGCUGGAGGACCAGAAGAUUCGCCAUUAUAAAAUCGAGGACCGAGGAAACCUGAGGAACAUCCCCAGCUCAGACUGGCCCCAAGCCUACCAGAAGUACCUGCAGGAUGUGAACUGUCCAUUUGGAGUUCAGGAGAGGCAGGAGGCUCUAGACUGGUUACUGGGCCUGGCUGUGCGAUAUGAAUAUGGAGACAAUGUGGACAAGUACAAGAAAUGUGAGCCGCUGGCGUCUUCCAGCAACAGUGACAAGUCGGUGGACCCUCUCGUCAACCUUGACAGUGAUUGUCCACAUUUCAAGGCAGGAGUGACCGCCCUGGCCAACAUCCUCAAGAUACAACGACAUGAUGACUACCUGGUUAUGCUCAAGGCCAUCCGUAUUCUGAUCCAGGAGAGGCUUUCUCCAGAAGCCAUCACUAAAGCCAGCCAGAAUAGAGAGGGUGUUCCAGUAGCUUUAGACAAGCACGUCUUGGGUUUCGACACUGGAGAUGCGACUCUGAACGAAGCGGCCCAGAUCUUGCGCCUGCUGCACAUCGAGGAGCUGAGGGAGCUCCAGACCAAGAUCAACGAGGCCAUCGUAGCCGUUCAGGCCAUCAUAGCCGACCCCAAGACAGACCACAGGCUGGGCAAGGUCGGCAGAUGAGUGAGGAUGAAGAGGGACGCUGGAAGCAGGAAGGGAAGGACUGAAUCAUGGGAGUUUUAAUUUGAUUUUGAGAGAAAAGGCCUGUCUUCGUUUGAGUUGGAUGAGUUUGCAUUUUUGCCGUUAUUGAGUGAUAUCGGACUGUUAAAAUUGUUGGGAAUGGGAAUUUGGCGCGAAGUUGAGCAAAUGGCUUGUUUUUUUAGAUGCUGUUAUUAAUUUUUGUACAGCAGCAUGGUUAAGUUGAUGCCAAAACACGUUGUAGUGAUUGCUCAAUAGUUAGUAUUUAAGGAUUCAUUUUCGCUUUAAUGUUAAGUCGUUCACCUCUUCAGAGACCAAGGUUGAACCUUGUGAUCGUCUCUCCCUCAAUAGAAACCAGUGAAGCUUAUGAAAUGUUCAAACUGACAGAUAUUUGUUGCAGAGAGAACUUUUUUGUAGAUUGAAGAAUCGGCUAUUUUGAAACCGUUUACAUUGACGCUGUGUGGGAAAAUAUAUAAAUACAGCUGAAUGGA